AUGGCUGAUCUGUUCAAAAUCCUGCAGCCGUUGCAGUUCCUGCAAACAUUCCUCUCUCUCGUGAAGCCACCGAGCGACAAGCCCGACAAGGGAAUCAUCGACGUGGAGGUGAACUUCUCCAACACCUGCUCCACCGAUCUGGAGAAUCCCGACCGAACGUCCAUCUGCGAUCUGGUGCGGGAGUGCAUCAAAAAGGUGCUCUUCCACGCCAAAGUCGUUGACCUGAAUGCGCUCUGUCUGGUGCCGCGGAAGCACGUUUGGAAGCUGGAGCUGGAGAUUAUUUGCCUCAAUCUGAACGGUAGCAUCGUCGAUCUGUCUCUCCUGGCCGCCAUCUGUGCGCUCAAGUUCUGCAAGCUGCGCAAAUACGACAUCGACCUCGACUUUGAUACCAUCGCCCCCACUGAAACCUUCGAGGCGCUACAAGUGCAGAGCUAUCCCAUCUUCACCACAUUCUGCAUUGUCAACGAUUCCCUUCUCGAAGACCCGCUCGUCUCAGAGGAAGAGCUCUCUGACAGUAUGAUACGCAUUGCCGUCGACUCGAGGGCGACAUCAGAGGAGGAGAAAGAGUCAUCGACCACCGCCGAGCUGAUCUAUUUCUUCGAGGUGACCGGCUCUAAGGAGAUUGAGACGGCCACACUGGAGAAGUGCUACCGCCGAGCGCUCAGUCGAGCACGUUUCAUUCGAGGCAUAAUCGACAAGCACACGACAGUGAGCAAUCGCGAAGUGGAAAUUAAAUUCGAAGAGCCAAUGGAGGCUGAUUGA